CCGGGCCGGGCCGCUGCGAGUGGCCGCGCGCGGGCUGGAGCGGGCGGGCGGCGCGCCUGUGGAGUGCUGCUGGGGCGGCCCGGGGCUGAGCAUGGAGCAGCGCGGCGGAGGUUGCCCUGGAGGCCCCUGGCCAGGCCUGAGCCUCUGCCACCAUGGCCAUUGUGCACACACUGCCAGUGCCACUGGAGCCCGCACGUGAGACAGCCACUGCCCCACAAGCUCCAGCCAUGGGCAGCGUGAGCAGUCUUAUCUCAGGCCGGCCCUGUCCCGGGGGAUCUGCUCCUCCACGCCACCAUGGUGUCCCUGGGCCCACCUUCUUCCGCCAGCAGGAUGGGCUGCUACGGGGUGGCUACGAGGCACAGGAACCACUCUGCCCAGCUGUGCCUCCCAGGAAGGCUGUCCCAGGCACCAGCUUUACCUAUAUCAAUGAGGACUUCCGGACAGAGUCACCUCCCAGCCCGAGCAGUGAUGUUGAAGACCCGAGGGAGCAGCGGGCACACAAUGCCCACCUCCGUGGGCCCCCACCAAAGCUCAUCCCUGUCUCUGGGAAGCUGGAGAAGAACAUGGAGAAAAUCCUGAUCCGGCCAACAGCCUUCAAGCCAGUGCUACCCAAACCUCGGGGGGCACCAUCCCUACCUGGCUUCCUGGGUCCUCGAGCUGCUGGGCUAUCUGGGAGUCAGGGCAGCCUGACACAGCUGUUUGGGGGGCCAGCCUCCUCUUCCUCGUCUUCUUCUUCCUCCUCUGCUGCUGACAAACCCUUGGCACUGAGUGGCUGGGCCAGUGGCUGCCCAUCGGGAACACUGUCAGACUCUGGCCGAAAUUCUUUAUCCAGCUUGCCUACCUACAGCACCGGAGGUGCUGAGCCGACCACCAGCUCUCCAGGUGGGCACCUGCCCUCCCACGGCCCUGGCCGAGGGGCGCUGCCCGGUCCCGCCCGAGGGGUCCCUACUGGGCCCUCCCACUCAGACAGUGGCCGAUCCUCUUCCAGCAAAAGCACAGGUUCCUUGGGGGGCCGUGUAGCUGGGGGCCUCUUGGGCAGUGGUGCCCGGGCCUCCCCGGGCAGCAGUUCGGGUGGAGACCGCUCUCCGCCCCCUCCACCCCCUCCGCCCCCUUCGGAUGAGGCCUUGCUACAUUGUGUCCUGGAAGGGAAGCUUCGAGACCGAGAGGCAGAGCUGCAGCAGCUUCGGGACAGUAUGGAUGAGAGUGAGGCUACCGUGUGUCAGGCAUUCGGAGCGCGGCAGAGGCACUGGCCACGAGAGCGGGAGGACUGUGCAGCGCAGGCGCAGCAGGCCACGCAGCGUGUCCAGCGGGCCCAACAGCUGCUGCAGCUGCAGGUGUUCCAGCUGCAGCAAGAGAAGCGCCAGUUGCAGGAUGACUUCGCACAGCUGCUUCAGGAGCGAGAGCAGCUGGAGCGCCGCUGUGCUGCCUUUGAGCGGGAGCAGCGGGAACUCGGGCCGCGGCUGGAGGAGACCAAAUGGGAGGUGUGCCAGAAAUCGGGUGAGAUCUCUCUGCUGAAGCAGCAACUGAAGGAAUCUCAGGCAGAGCUGGUCCAGAAGGGCAGCGAGCUGGUGGCGCUGCGGGUAGCCCUUCGAGAGGCCCGGGCUGCCUUGCGGGUCAGCGAGGGCCGAGCCAGGGGCCUGCAGGAGGCAGCCCGAGCUCGGGAGCUAGAGCUGGAGGCCUGCUCCCAGGAGCUGCAGCGGUACCGCCAGGAGGCCGAGCGGCUCCGGGAGAAGGCUGGGCAUUUGGAUGCCGAGGCAGCCGGACUCCGGGAGCCCCCCGUGCCCCCUGGACCCCCAGCCACCACCGACCCUUUCCUCCUGGCAGAGAGUGAUGAGGUUAAGGUGCAGCGGGCAGCCGCUGGGGCAGGCGGGAGCCUGCGGGCUCAGGUGGAACGGCUUCGGCAAGAGCUGCAGCGGGAGCAGCGGCGAGGGGACGAGCAGCGGGACAGCUUUGAGGGGGAGCGGCUGGCCUGGCAGGCAGAGAAGGAGCAGGUGAUCCGCUACCAGAAGCAGCUGCAGCACAACUACAUCCAGAUGUACCGGCGUAACCGGCAGCUGGAGCAGGAACUGCAGCAGCUCAGCCUGGAGCUGGAGGCCCGGGAGCUCGCUGACUUGGGCCUGGCUGAACCAGCCCCCUGCAUCUGUCUGGAGGAGAUCACUGCCACCGAAAUCUAGGCUUUGCAAGGGGCACAAGCCACAAGACCAUCUGGGUCCCAGCAUCCACUGAGCACUCCAGGUCUCGCAGCCGAAGGGCCUCUGCCAAGCAUUCAGGUGGCCUUGUGACUUGAAGGAGCAAGAUCAGACCCCUUGAAGUUCCAUUCACUGUCCCCAGAGGCUCCUACCCACUGCACCAUUUCACUCCCCAGCGGUCAGUGCCACUGCCAGCCCUGUUUGUCCCCAGAUGUCUGCCAGCCCACUCCAGCUGGGAAGAGAAAGGGGCUACCCCAUCUCCACAUUCUACCUGCCUGAAGCCAGAGAGAGCCAGAUGGCACCAGCUGCUCCAGAUGUGCCUGCCCCCAACAUGCCCAGGUGGAGGGACAGGGCUAGGACUGGGGUCUGAUCCCCAUGUCCCAGCUCUGCAAGCCUCUUCUGGACUGAGGGGGCUGAAGUCAGACCAAAGGAAGAACUCAGCAAUGUCUUGUUUAUUUGUGUUUGUGACCAAGCAGCCCCUCCGAAUACCAGGUUUAUGGCCUCGUUUUCACUUGUAUAUUUUUCACACUGUAAAUUUCUUGUACAAACCCAAAGAAAAAAUUAAAAAAAAAAAGUUUGUUUUUAAAAAAAGUCUGCUGGAUAAAGAACUGCAGGCGAACUUGUCUGGCA